GUGGGCCACACGUUUCUUUUCCGGUCGAACCACGGUGUUGCCUUCGUCACUGCUGCUGCUGCUUUCUCCGGGCUCCGGGUCGCACACCGGGCGUUUUCUGCGGCCUGCGGCCCCUUUCCGUACAGGCUUUUUGAAAAGGAAGGUGCACACUUGGUCUGCCGACUUUUCCGGAGAAAGUUGCUCUGCCAUUUUAGAGCUCCGAAACUGCUGCGGCGUGGUGGGUUGCACAGAGCUCUUCACGUCACUGCGCGUCGUACGCUCUGCGGUGGGAUCGGAACUGAAAAAACAGACGCAAGAACCUACAAGAGAAGCAGAGUGCGAGAACACUAGAGCGCGAGCCCCUGCUAUUCUUGAGCCUUGGCGGACUCCGUCGCUCUCUCUGGAUACGUACGUGGCGCCGCCCCUCUCGCGGGCUGCCGCGGGGUUUACUGGGAAAGGAACCAAUCCCGGUCACCUCUAAGGAACCUAAGGGGUAGGGAUUUGGUUUAGAUUACCGUGCCGAAAUGUGGUUCGAAAUUCUUCCAGGACUCGGUAUAAUGGGCGUGUGCUUGGUUAUCCCGGGAGUGGCCACUGCCUACAUCCACAGGUUCACUAACGGGGGCAAGGAAAAAAGGGUUGCCCAUUUUCCCUACCAGUGGAGUUUGAUGGAAAGAGAUAGACGUGUAUCCGGAGUUAAUUGUUAUUAUAAAUCAAAGGGUUUGGAGAACAUUGAUUAAGGAAGCAUUUUCCUGAUUGAUGGAAAAAACUCAGUAUGGUCAUCUACCCCUGCUAGAACAUUAUUUGAUAUACUAUGUAGCAUGCAGUGUGUUAUGUAAUACAUAAUCAAAAUAAAA